CUUUCAUUAUUGAUGUAGGAAAAUGUUGAAUGAAAUCUAAUAAUCUGCACUUUGUAUUCACAUUAACUAUAAAACCAGUCAGUUUUACCACUAGAGAAAGGAAAUAUCAGUGUUGGCUGUUUUUGAUGACAUUUUAAUAGACAUAUCCAUCCAUCCAUCCAUCCAUUUUCUGUACACGCUUCUUCCUUUUCAGGGUCGCAUGGGUCACUGGUUUCUAAUAAAAUAUUAUUACUGUAGAGUUAAAGCUAAACUGGAGCCAGACAUUAUACUGUGUGUGAUUGUUUAUCAAAACUGCAUAAUUUCUCAACAGACAAAGGAUCAAGAGUCAGAAAAACCUAAAAAGAAGAGAAAUAAGAAAAAGAAAACUAUUACAGAUGUCUUGGCCACCUCCGCACCGAAGCCGGGCUGUCCGUCCGACCUGCAGGAUCUGGUCGCACAGUACUUCUCAGACAAACGCUCUGUGAUAGAGCGGGAUGAGCUCCAAUUGCAGAACUCCUGUUUCCUGUCGAGUAAUGACCUGACGCACAGCCUCUCCUCUUAUCUUAAACAAGUUUGUCCCAAGUGGGCAAAGAUCCAGAAGCAACACACGGACAAAAGCUCAGUGGUUGUCCUCAUCGUCUGUAGCUCCGCUGUUCGAACCAUUGAGCUCAUCAAACUGCUGACUGCUUUCAAGGGUAAAGCAAAAGUUGUGAAACUUUUUGCAAAACAUAUCAAGAUAGAGGAGCAAGUGAAGCUGCUACAGAAGGGCGUCACACACAUCGGAGUGGGAACACCUGGCAGGAUCGGUGCUCUCAUUGACAGAGAGGGUUUGACCUUACAGGCGCUGAGGUACGUGAUUCUGGACUGGAACUGGAGAGAUCGAAAACUCAGACGGAUGAUAGACAUUUCUGAGGUCAAAGGGGACCUCAUGAAGCUCCUGGAUAGUGGAAUCCUGACCACAUGUAAAGAAGACAAAGUCAAAAUUGGACUAUUUUAGCAAACAUUUUGUAUUUAGUCUGCCAUUUAUCAACAAGACAAGUGUAAUUUUUUGUAGUUUUUUUUCUUUUGGAUCAGUGUUCUUGUCUAGUGGAUCAGAGUUUUUCACUGUUUUAAGAGUCUGUGUGAGACAUCUUGUUAUUUUUUCUCUUUAGGACACCAACAUCAUGUUUAAGUCUGAUGCAUUGAAUAAACAUUCUCCAUAAAAAAACAUAA